AGCCAUUUUGGCUCAAGUUUAUUUGGGCUCGAGGGCGAACAAGUUGUGUUACUCGUUCCGGGAGGUUAAUAUGUCAGCUUGGUCGGCCAGAUGCCUCUCAUCACCGAGGCCGAUCCCCCGCUGAAUGCUGACGAUUGGUUUCGCCUCUUCGAGCCCGACGAAGACGAUGGGACGAUGCAGCUCAUCAUUGAUUGGACGAUACCUCUCUCCAUUGAGAAAGAAAAUAAUAAUAAUGCUCUUGAAUGCCUGCAGAGCGAAGCUGAACUACAGUUUGGCAAACGCAUGCUCGCGAAACAGGAUAACAAGGCUGUCUUGUAUGUGCACGGUCAUUGCGGUGGGGGUGCAGAGCCGAUGUGCUGUCGCAUGAAUCCGGACCAAUUUCGCAGAGAGGUCAAGGCUUACAAAGAGAAGCGUGUCACCAUCACUGGUUGCAGAACUAAUGGGUUUCUUGACCGAUGUGAGCAGUGGACAGAGUCAGGACUGCACCCAAGCAAUCGGGAAAGAAUGUCAAGGGAUUCGGCCACCUGGUGCUUAUUACGCAGCAAGGUGUCCUUGAGUGCGAAUAAUACCGUCCUAAAUUAGAGAAGGCAUAGUUAGGAAAGGAAAUCAGGGCAAUUCGCUAAGUGCUAUCGACGAGGUAUCCAUUUGAAAAAAAGGACAACCAAAACAUCGAAGUUUGGAGAGGUGAAGGACCAACACAAUGUGUGCGAUCUAGUGAUGAUACUCUAGGGGGCCUGAUGGGCAAACAAAGGGGAGCGUUCUCAAUGUUCGCAUGGAGAUAUACAUUGACAAGUUCAGCAACCUUUUCCCUGCGCGCAGUGGGGUUCCAGAUGGUCGUAAGAAAGCCCUGUGAAGCAUACACAGAGUAUCUUUGCGUCUUGAUUCCAACGCCCCUCUGUUGUCUCCCAAAGCAGCCAUAGCGCUACAAUGAAAACACAUCUCCUGUACUCCAUAGCCAUUGCAGCACCCAGAUUGCACCGCCCUGUGCGGGUAUACCUCACAUGACGGACCUCAGUGGUUUUUGAGUUAGGUUCUAUUCGACGGACCUCAUACGACUGUUCUAUAUUAUUGAGCUCGUUCAACAGUUGUGUCCUCUUCCACGCUGGCCGCUUGAAGAAUUCAGCUGACUUGAGGUGCUCUCGCUCGUUUCGCUUGGCCUCGCAACUCUAGGAUCCAAGAUACGGUUCGCGAGGUGCUCAGCUCCGUCUCACUUGAAACAUCCUCGACAUCUUUGGAACCCCAAGCUCCGACUGUGGCCUCCCUUGCUUCGUGAGCGAGGCUUGCAUGUGCCGGCGAGGGCGGAGGGUCCGCGGCCUCCUCGCUGCCCCGCGCAGUGGGCGCGCGCCGCACUGCGCGGCAUGCGCGUCAAGAUUACGAUGUUGCUUGACGUCGGAAGGUCACGUCCAGGGAGGUCUGACUGGGGUUGCCCCUGGUGCCAGGGGAAGAUCAGUAGAGACUGACAGAACA